GCAUUUUUGACGUCUUCCCAAGCCAACCUCCAUCAUUGAUGAUCCCUAGCCAAUCUAGCCAUACAUAAUUCAAUACGUUGUACGUACGUACCUACCUACCUACCUACCUACCUACCUACCUACCUAACUUAUACCUAUUCCAUGUGCUUAAGCAUCGUCUAAGCUCUUGUCCACUUCCUCCUCUCUUCUCUUUGCUUCUCUUUGCUUUGCUUUUCUUGUAUGUGUGUGUGUGUGUGUGCGUGCCCUUGCGCUUCCCUUGACUCGAUACACAAUUCUUGAUCUGGAUCUGGAUCUGGAUCAGGUCUUAACUACUACAACUAGUUAUUAGUCUAGGUACAUUAUCCACCACACGUAAUAAUCCUUGCAUCUUGAACAUACAAAUCUUUACCGUUCAUUUUAACUCUCGCGUCUUCCUCUGCGGCUCCAACGAUUUCUAGGAGCCUCUUGCUAUCACGAGCUGAUUUGUAUAGGCUGGGCUAUAAUGCAAUGUCAACCUCCUAGUAUACCGUGAAAGCGACGGUCUCUUUGCCUAAACCUACAUAAUGUCUCAUAUCGUGGAUAUCCACCCAUCCGUCCCUCGACUACAACCCUUUGGCGUUAAUAAUCCAUCAAAUGGUAAGCGGCAGACGAGUGCCACCCCCCUCUCCCGGGCCCUAGACGGUUUCCUCUACCUCAAAGAUGGCCUUACGCACAGUGAGAGAACGGAAAAGAGGCAACUCGAGGAACGCAAACAAAUAUUAUCAGCACGCUUACAGGGAGCUGAAUCAUAUGGAGAAUGGGACGCAGCAGCACAUGAGUUAGACGUGCUUGAGGGCAACGAGGAAUGGAAAGUCGAUACGUCGAGUGGUGACUACAACCCCGUCCUUCUUGAAGCACGUCUGCGAGAGCUCGACUGUGCCCGGCAUAAGGGUGAUAGGCGAGCUAUGAUGCACAUCAUCCGAACGGCCCUCUCACGCGACCUGGGCGGCAUGGGCAAUAUUGACUUGUACCGCCAUUCUUAUUGCGGUACUAAAAAGCUGAUCGAGCAAUACGUGGAUUCUACACUACAGACAAUUACGACUCUUGUAGAGCAGAGCCCGCAUCAUAUACCAGAUGACUUGGAGCCCAAGGACUUGUUAGAUGCGAUGCUCUAUGCUCGCCAGAGCUUCGGCCGAAGCGCCCUUCUCCUCAGCGGCGGAGGUACUUUCGGAAUGACUCAUAUUGGCGUCUUGAAGUCGAUGUUUGAGGCAAGAUUACUGCCACGUAUCAUCUCAGGCGCAUCGGCCGGUUCUAUUAUCUGUUCUGUAGUCUGCACAAGAACGGACGACGAGAUUCCACAGUUAAUGGAAGAGUUCCCCCACGGUGAUCUAGCCGUAUUCGAAGAAGACGGUAAUGGGGAUGGUCUCAUUGGACAUCUCAAAAGAUUACUUACCGAAGGCAACUGGUCUGAUAUCAAACAUCUCACUCGCGUGAUGCGUGACUUGCUAGGCGACAUCACAUUUCAAGAAGCUUACAACCGCACGAGAAGGAUCUGCAAUAUAUGCGUCUCCUCGGCUUCUAUAUACGAGUUACCCCGACUACUCAACUAUGUCACAGCGCCUAACGUUAUGGUCUGGUCCGCCGUCGCAGCAUCCUGCUCAGUUCCUCUGGUUUUCAGCGCUGCACCGCUACUCGUCAAGAACCCGCUGACAGGCGAGCAUAGUACAUGGAAUCCCACUCCGCAAAUGUGGAUUGAUGGUUCUGUUGACAAUGACCUUCCUAUGACGCGACUUGCCGAAAUGUUCAAUGUCAAUCACUUCAUCGUUUCGCAAGUCAAUCCCCACGUCGUUCCCUUCCUCGCCAAAGAUGACACGCCAUUUCCACCUACUGGUACGCGUCACGAAACAACACAGAAAAAUGAAUUAGACUGGAUGCACACCAUUACUUCCCUAGCCAAGAGCGAGGCCUUACAUAGGAUGCAGUUCAUGGCUGAAAUCGGCAUCUUUCCAACCCUCGUCAGCAAACUACGAUCUAUUCUCAGCCAAAAGUAUUCCGGCGAUAUUAAUAUCCUCCCGGCUAUAGGCGUCUGGGACCUUCCCAAGGUCUUAAAGAAUCCCACAACUGAGUUCAUGAUGCGCUCGUGUUUGUUAGGUGAGCGUGCGACCUGGCCCAAACUAUCUCGCAUACGCGACCGUUGUGCCAUCGAGUUGGCACUGGACCGUGCUGUUCAUUCCUUGCGAGCCCGUGUUGUAUUUAGCAAGAGUCAAGUCAACCUACGAAGGAUGGUGACCGGUUCGCUGGUGGGUUCACAAAGGGCGAGCCAUGGAUUCCUAGCACCAACUUCAACGCAUGCAAGCCCUCUGUCUUCGAAGGACAAAUUCAGAUAUCGCCACCGACGGUCGAGUGGAAGCAAUUUAUUGAACCCAUUCCAUCACGGUCUUCUUAACGAAACUCCUUACAAGAUAACAGAUGAGGAUACAGAUGAGGAAGAACGUCUUGAAAUGUCUACGCGCCAUACUCGCGCGAAGCCGAGAAUCAAGCUCAAGAAACUUUUAAAGGGGCACAUACUACAGACGGGGCCCAAAACCAGCCCUGUCUUAUUCUCGACGGUAGAUCCCGACUCUUUUGAUUUCUCUCAGCCUAUUACGCCCACUGGGACCGGCAAUGCCAAUUGCCCCCCUCCCAAAAGCGCCAUCCCCGCAAGCACCCUCUCAACCAUGUGCACGGUACUCGGCGAUGACAGUGCAGGCGAUCUAGUCACAGAGACGGCUUCCAUGACGUCGCCUCAGCAGGCAGCACAUUUCGAUGUCGAGCUAGAGACCAGCGAUUUGCACACUUCGGAUGCCGAUAUCGAAAGUCAUACAGACGAAGAGAAAACACAUUCAGCCUACAAAUUGUUAAAAUCACGCAACAGUGUUUCCCAUGAACAGCAGCAGCAGCAGCCACAGACCACUGACAACUCAAGCAUGUCCGCUACAUAAAGAACGGCCUGGCCACGUUAUGAUAAGAAUUCAGGAUCAGAAAGACUUCGGUAUAAGCCAGCUCUUCAAAUACUUACUAGGUACCUAUAUAAUCAGUAAUAGAGGCUAAGAUGCGGAUGGUGUAAACAUAACCAUGAGAUUGCGAA